AUGACACCACAGAAGAAGAAGGAGUCUGCGCCCAUGUGUGGAGGACUCAUUCCACUCCCACAGAAACAGUGUCCCAGCUCGUCCUGCUUUGUCCUCAGCUGCAGCAGACGCCGCUUCUCCCCAGGUUCACCAGAGGAAACCACACAAAAUGCUUCUGCUGCCGCCGGCUGCUCUGUGCUGUCUGUGUUCAGGUCAGUGUUUCCAGCCAAUCAGGAGCCACAACACUCUACCUGUACAACACGCACACACACUAACCUUCAUCCACGCCUCUGUUUGUCUACAGCGCUGGUCGCCACGGCAACACAGCUGAUUCAGGAGGAUGUAACACUGACCAGGAGAGUCGGUCAAAGUGUCUCCUUCAGCUGUAGAGGAACUGAGGAGUGUGAUGGCAGUGUUACAUACUGGUACCAGAAGAAAGACACAGAAACAUUUGAACGGAUUCUCUACAUUUGGAGGAAUAGUGGUUCCAUUUACAAAUAUAAUCAUCCUCAGACAGCUGACUUCUCAUCUGUAGAUAAAGGUAAAGGUUAUGAGUUGCAGAUCCAGACAGUUGGACCCUCUCAUUCAGCCUCAUACUACUGCGCCUGUUGGAAGUAUGACAGUUCUACCCACAGUGAGAAAAGACUCCUGAAGUCUGUACAAAAACCUCCAGAUGCACAAACAUCAACCAGCGUUAGUGACACCAACAGAACAGGAAACCACGGCAACCAUCCCAUAGUUCAGCUCCAUCUCACACACAAACCAACUGAUCUGAGGACACUUUGAAUCCCAUACAUUUCCUAUUUUCCAGUGGAUUUGACCC